GAAACAGCCAAUGGGAGGAGCGGAGAGGAUGUAGAGGCUGGUGGCGGGAGGGUGCUGUUUGUAGCUGUCCCUGUCUCUGUCCGCGCUCUGAGGCGCUUCCUCCUGCUCCUCUCCGUGCUGUCCUCGUUCUCUUGGUCCCAGGCCGGCUCUGGCCGCAGGGUGGUCUCAUCAGCCCAGAGAUGACAACGCUGAUCUUUGUGGAUAAGGAGAAUGGUGAAGUUGGUGCUCCUAAGAGCCAGUUAAGACGCCCUUCGGUAUCAUCAAAGGUCUUAUCAGAAAGAACACAAGUCAACACUCCACUUCCAAAGAAAACAGUUGGAAUAACUCCAGCCGCAUCUCAGUCUGUCAGGAAGGCUCUUGGAAAUGUGAACAGAACUGUAGGAGUUACAAGCAAGAAAGAACAGAUAAGAGAUAAAAAUCAGCCUUGCAGUGCAAAGAAAGUUGCUGAAAAGACUGUUGGAUUAGAAAGCUGGGAUGCAGUGGGUGAUGAAGCCUGCCCAGAAAUAGAAAACAUGUUUCCCUCUGACCCUCUAGACUUUGAGAAUUUUGAUGUUCCUGAAGAGCACAGGUUAAGUAAUAUCAAGCUGUAUGGUGUUCCUCUCAUGAUACACCCGAGUACUUGUGACAAACCUGUGAACAUAACUUCUUCACCUGUAAAGCUUGAAAAGAUGCCAUGGGAGUCUGACUUGCUACAAUUACCUACUGACUUCAUUUCUACGCUGGAUGACAUCAUUGAUAUGCCACCUAUGAACUAUGACGUCUGAAAUCAUAUCCUGAUGUUUCUUUUGAAUUUUAUGUGUAUAAUAAAGAUUAGUUUAACUUGUAAAAUAAAA